CCGUGCUACUUUCCCAGCUCCUGUGCCAGGUAAGUUACGGGCUCAACAUAGCCCGUGCUACUUGGAACUUAUUCCGAGUAGCUGAAUCUAUAACAACGUGGAAAAUUCUAUACUACAUGAACGGGCACUACAACUAUUCCUAAUCUGGACAUCUGGAGAUACCAAUUUAUCCAGAUAAUUGAGGUUGCAUUAAAUUGACCUCCAGGAUGAACCGUCAGAUGAGAAAGGGUGGCAAAGGAAUGUCUCGUGGUGGAAAAGGCAGCCGAGGAAAUCGGCAGCAGCAAGUAGGGCGACGGGAAAGAUUUGAGGGAAGUUCAGAUACAGCAACAGCAAAUUUUAAUCAAGUACUAGAAGAUGAUGCUCUGCAGAAGCUUGAAAUAAAAGAUAAAAGUGAAGAAUAUGAAGCAGGAGAAGAAGUCAACAAGACCACCCAUUUAGAGGAGGAAGAGGAUGAUGAUCAGGACAGCAGUGAUGGUGAGACGAGCUUCGAAUUGAGCGAUAUAAGCUACUCCGUAGCCAUGUGGGAUCUGCAGCACUGUGACCCAAAGAAGUGCUCAGGAAGAAAACUGGCUCGGCAUGGCAUGGUUAAACUUCUCAAACUUGGCCAGAGAUUUGGUGGCUUGGUUCUUACUCCAGUUGGGAAGAAGUGUAUCUCGCCAGAGGAUGAAAGCAUUCUCCUUCAUCAUGGAAUUGCUGUAGUGGAUUGCUCAUGGGCAAAGCUGUCAGAGACUCCCUUCAACAGAAUGAAAGCAGCUCAUCCAAGGCUCUUGCCGUAUCUCGUUGCUUGUAAUCCUAUUAACUAUGGUCGACCAUGCAAGUUAUCAUGCGUAGAGGCCAUUGCAUCCACUAUGUAUAUUUGUGGCCAAAAAGAAGCUGCUACAUUAUACCUGAGCAAGUUUAAAUGGGGUAAAACAUUUAUUAAAAUAAAUGAAGAGCUUUUAGAGAAAUAUAGCGCAUGUAGUACCAGUGCUGAAGUUGUCGAGGCACAAAAUGUUUACCUUCAGGAACUUGAUGAAGAAUCUCGGAGAAUAAAAGAUGAUAUGGAUUUACCACCAUCAGAAUCGGAAGAAGAAGAAGAGGAGGAGGAGGUGGGUGAGGAAGGUAAAGAUAACAGUUAAGGUCAACAUCAUAGAAGGAAAGAAAAGAUGAAAACAAUUAGUAUCUUAAUCCCAGUUGUAGAUUAAGUGACAUGUUGCCAUGUUCUGUACUUUAUAACAACAACCUAAAAUAUUUUGAAAAUUAAUGUGCUAUUGAAAAUUUUAAAGUUAAUUCUUGUUGCAAUUAUAUUCUUGUAGAGCAUCACUCCAGUAUUUCUAUGUGAAUAUAGUUGAAACCUGAAUUGUGUUGAUUGUUAAAUGCCUUAGUAAAGAAUUUUAUUGUAAAAUGUGAUUUUUAAAUAAAUGCAGUAAUUAAAGCUAUUAUCAUUUAGAGAUGUUGAACAUGCCAGAGCUAAAAUUCAUUGUUUUAUCCACCACAAAGUUUUUUUACUUGUCAUUUUGAAGUGGCAAGUUUUUUUUAGGGGGGGUCAUUUACUGUAUGUACUUACCUAGUUGUGGUUGCAGAGGUUGAGCUUUGACUCUUUGGUCUCGCCUAAGAGACCAAAGAUAUGUAUGUAUGUAUGUACAUGUCAUAUUUAAUGUAUAAUUCAUGUUAAUGAUACAGUAUGUUUAGCAGAGAAUGAAAGACAUUUGUGUAGGCUUGUUAACAUUUUAAUUGAGAUGUGUGAGAGAAGGCCGUUAAUUAAAAGUGAAUGUCGACAAAAUUUAGUUUAUUGUGGAAAUUCUUUAUGCGAAUAAGAGUGUCACCGUUGAAGUACUAGAAAUGGUCAGUUGGUUUAAAUACUUGGAGUGUGUGAUUCAUUAAGGGAAUUAUGCAGUCGAAAUUAGGAGUGGAGGAAAGUGGCUGGUUCAAUGAAAUUCCAGUGUUGGAAAAAACAAGGUGGCACAGAUACAGUCAGAGAGCUGCAUGAAGAAGUGCUAGUGCCAGGUUGCAAGGUUACAGUGUGUUAUGGCAGUGCAAAUCAAAAAUUAGAACAGUAGAAAUGGACAAGCAGAUCGCUUGAUUAAAUGAUAAAGGAAGUUUUGUAAAAAUUUUAAAAAUAUUUGGUCAUCAGAACAAUUUCUGUAUUAUGGGGUUGUUAGUGCUGCUGACUACUACAUAGCACUAAUUCUCCAUUUGCUUGUUUUUACUUGAGCUUGUGUAAAAAUAAUAAAUAAUGGACAUGUCUUUAAUUUUAUUUAUGAUGGGCAUAAAUUCUAACAUGCAUUUAAUA